CCUGGGUAAGUCACGGUUUCUCUUUUACUUAAAACUGUUCUUGCUUCUUGCUUUUUUGACCUGCAUUACAUGAAUUUCAUUUUAAUCAGUUAAAUUUAUGGCGCACAAGCUGAAAUACAUUUCAUACUAGCAGCUGUCUCAGUACAGUGCUGUGUUUUAGUAUCAGGUUUUUCUCACAAGAAGUGAGCUGGUUAUUCUUGAAUUUAUGAAAGUUGGUGACUUUUACUGUGAGGGAGGGAUUUCGUUUGCAGUGUUUGGCUACUGAGGCUAGUGUAAACAAAGCUUUAACGUCACUAAUGUUUGAUAAUGAAGGCAAAACCCUGUCACGUUGAGAAGAGAACUUAUGGUGUAAUAUUGUUUAUUGUAUUGCAUGAAUUGCUCAAAUAGCCUUAAAAACGUUUUGUAGCAGACAUCUGUUCUUUCAAUGUUCCUGUCAUUGACUAUUUAUCAGAGCCAUAUGUAUUGUAAAAAAAAUAAUUGAUUUAAGAUCAAAGCAUGCUUUUGUAUUUAUGGAAACCUAACAUCAUUGUGCAUGACUGAAAGAUUCACAAACAUCAUAGUUUUGUGCCAUACAUCAGAUUAUCGGUCUCUCUUCCUAUUUACUAAUUUCUCUUUUCAAAAUGUAAAACUCUAUUUGCUUCACUAAAUACUAGAUUUAGAUUGUACACAUAAUUUGAUAUAUCACAUGCUUGAUCAUUUAUAUAUAACUACUGAAACUGACUUACGAUGGGGUUACGUUCUGAUUAACCCAUUCUAAGUGGAAAAUACUGUGAAGGGAGGAGCAUCGGUAACUUCCUGUCAUCUGGUAUAAAGUUCCGUAUUGGCUUACACAUUUAGCAAUAUUAUAUUACACUACCCACCCUGACCAUUUUUAGAGUUCCACCCUGAAUUUUGAGUUGUUUUUUAAGAGCUUGUUUUUUUAUUAUUAUCUUUUUUUUUGAUGUUUAAAAAAGGAUGGUACCACGACUGCAUUUGCCAUUGUGCAACUGCCUCAAUGUGAUGAUGCUGAUAUAGUGGGACACCUGAUUAUGGCCUGAAAGAAGAAGUAAGAAUCAGUAGUUGUGGUCAAAAAAUUGUUACAAUAUAUGUUGGUUCAAACAGUGCAACAGGAAAGACAGGUGUAUUCUGGAUUAUAGGGGGGCAUUUGGAAUUGACUUAUAUUCUGCAGACGGUAAGCAAUUUUUAUAAAGGGUUAUAUUCAAGUCACUUUGUCAUUUUGCAUUCAUGAAACAAAAUUGCUUUUCUGUAGAGCAGCAUACAGCCAGAACAGGGAACAGCUAAAAAAACAGUAGACAAUGAACAAAAAAUACUGGCAAGGAGAAUUAAUAUGUAUUAAGUAUGACAUAAAUAAAUAAAAAAAAAGAAUACACAUGAAAAUAGAAGGAAAAGCACAUCAGUACACAACAAUGACAACAACAAUGACAGCAAAUAAAACUGUACAGGUAAACAGACAAUAGUGCAAAUAACAGAAAAAGUGCAAAUGUGCAUUUUGUCAGUGUUUAUGAGGUAAGUGGGAGUUGAGAAGUUCAGCUUGGGGCAAAAUGUUUGCAGAAGCUGGUGGUGGUGAAUCUAAACAAUGCAAAGUAUAAUACUUCAGUCCACUUAGUUUACAAUUCAAAUGGGAGCUAUACAAAGAAGGCUAAAGUACAGGAAACAAAAAGUAUUUCUGCUGUGUCAUCUUUGGAGGCUGCAUAAGGGGUCAGACAUCAUCGUGCUCAGAUGCAUGCUAUGCGUGUUGGGUCGCAGGUGUGAUGGCGGUGUGCAGGUGUUCCCCCUGCACCACAGACUGGACUUGCUGGAGGCCUGUGCCGACCUGGUCAAUGCAGAGUGGCCUCGGAGCCGUGCUGCCCGGAUCCACGGAUUACAGAAGUCCUGCCAGAACUUUCCAGUGUGCCUAGUGCUUCUGGAGCGAGCCGCUGAUGAGGAGCAGCUGCUUGGCCAUGCCAGGCUGUCUCGAGUUGUCGGACAAUGUACCAACCUGUUUGUGGAGACCGUGGUGGUUUGCCAGGCUCAGCGGGGAAAAGGCUACGGGCGCAAGCUGAUGGAGGCUGCCGAGCGCUAUGCCAAGGACAGGGGCUUCCGGAGAUUGUGCUUGACCACACACGACAAGCAGCAUUUCUAUGCACACCUUGGGUAUGUACUUUCUAAGCCGGUCCAGAAUGCUGGAGCCAUGACCUCCUUCAUGCCCAUGGAGGUUCUGCAGAAGUUUUCCAGGAUACAGGACACAGUGUGUUCAUCUGGACCUCCGAGGAGCUCCGCUAGACAAGGUCUUCAGAAGAACCUUCCAUCAAACUCGGAACCAGAUCCUCCUCAAGUUACUUGUCCAACUAAAAUCCUCUGUCUUAAACCGCCUGCCGUUACAUCUCAACCAAGCAACCAACCUCCUCCGCCACCUCCUGCUCCACCUCCUCUGCCACCUCCUGCUCCACCACUGCCUCCACAACUUCCUGCCACCUGUCACCCGAUACCUCCAGUAGCCCAAAGCCAGAGCAAAACGCAAACCUUAUUAGAGACCCCAUACAGAGAUGCUAAAGGAAUGCCAAUCUACUGGAUGCAUAAGGACAUUUAACUGGGAUUACUACCUACAACAGUUGUCACAGUAAAAUGAGAGGUUCAAGACAAAUGUCAAAGGUUGCUGACCCUGGUGUGCUGAUUGAAUACAUUUGGCAAAUGAAAAGCAAAACAGUUAUGAUAACAACAUUCAUAGUACUAAUAACUAAUUUUGCUUAAAAUAAAUGAAUGCGAGUUAA